AUGUCCACAAUCCUGACGAACGCUAGCUCCGGUUCCAACGUUAACAUCGGCCUCGUCCUCCAAGGCGGUCCAGACGGUACCAAAGAGGGCACCGAAAACGCGCUCGCCCUCCAAGGUCUCAAAGACGCCUGCCUCCCCUCCCUCCCCACAUCCUCAGGUUACCAAUACAAAUCCUGUACCUCGCACACCUACACCCCACAAUCCGAGACCCUGGGCGCCUACUCGGGCUUGAUCCCGUCCAAGACUGGGGAGAAUGAUUUCAUGAUGGCGCUUGGGUAUUUCCCGUCCAAGGCGAUCCAGACAGCUGCGAAUGCGAAUGGGAACAAGUUGUUUGGGAUUGUGGAUUUUGAGUUUACACCGCCUGUGGGGAAUAUUGUGAGUGUGAUGUUUUCGGAGGAUCAGAUUGGGUACCUCGCGGGGUUGGUUGCGGGGGAGGUUGCCAAGUCGCGAGGUGGGAAAGUUGCUGUGAUUGGAGGAGUGGACCAGCCAAGUGUGCGCCGCCAAGUAAACGGGUUCGGUAGCGGCGUCAAGAUCGCCUGCUCAACCUGCAUCGCCUACGGCCUCUACUCGGGCACCUUCGAAUCCGAUCCCAAACUCAUCAAAACCGUCGCUGACCUCCUCACCGACAAAAAGGUCUCCGUUGUCUUCAACGCCGCCUCGAUUUUCGGAACCCUGACCCUCAAGAACCUAACCACCCAACAAGGGAUCUACGCGAUCGGAUCCGGAUCCGACGAAUGGGUGACAAAUUGGGCGUAUGGGUCCGUACCCGGCAUCGACAAGUGUCCAGCUGCUGCCACUGAACGAUAA